GCAACGGCAACAGCAGUAGCAACAACAACAACCAUUAUCAGUUGCAAUAAUGAAGUUGAGAAAGGUCCGAGCCAUGUGGCAGAUAAACACAAUGAUGACGAUGUUAGAAACGUGUUACGAGACAACAUUGUCGGAGAAAUUGAACAGUCGAUACAAGCGCCAUCGGAGGCCGAGUCGCCCCAUUCGCUCAUCGCUCUCAGCGAUGUCGGCCGCAUUGUCGUUGCUAGUCAGCCGCGUGCAGUGACCGAAACAGUUGGCGUCUGCACGUCCAAAGAUACACAGCAGCACACAGUUAAGAUACAGAUAGCGAAUGGUGCUCAGCGCAGACAGGCGCUUGGCAAGCAGAUUAGCGUUGUCAAAUUGAACGAGGAGCAGCAAAUCAACAGCAACAGCAACAGCAACAACAACAAUAUGACAACAACAAGCACACCAUAUCAGCUGUGCUACAGUCUAGUCUCCAGUGGUCAGUAUUCGCCAUGCGAAACCCUAGACAGCGGCACUGGCAGCGAUCUGGAAAGCAUCAAAUCACCGGGGGCCGGCGAUGAUAAUGCCAGCCACAAUGGCAGCGAUCGACCGCCAACGCUUCAACUCCAUCUGAAGACAACGAAAAUACGCGUAAAUAGUUCGCCAUCGGCCUAUAGUCUAACCGAUAGCGAGGAGGGGGAUGUGUCCAGCACCGGUUCUAACGAUUCGCUGCACUCCAAUGAGUAUACAGUGCCAGCGCGAUCGUCCACAACGAUCACCACGUCCCAUAGUCGCCGAUUAAUGGGCUCAUUGCUGCCCGAUUCACUGCUCAGGGAUAUACGGGAUAAACGCGAUCAGGACCAGCGACCAGCCACAACCUUAGACUCCAAUAACUCCUCACUCGACUCUGUCGUUGACGGCGACGGCGACGACGACGACGGCAUGGGGGCCGCUGAGGAUUAUGUCAAGAUUGUCAAAAUGAACGGCCGACCCAUGAAAUACGAGGCCGACCAAUACUACACUUUUCAUGUCAACGAGCACGCGAAUUUCCGCAGCUUCGGCAAUAAUACCACCAGCAAUCAACUCUCCCCAGACUAUGACACCUACAGUCUACAGAGCGGCGGCGGCGGUGGCGGCGCAGAGGAUGCCUUUGUCGGCUACAAGGAUGUCCACAACUGCUCCCAGCCAUCAACCAUACGCUCCUCCAAGGGCACAGUUCGGGGAGUCAAGAAUCGUGUGCGCAAUGGAGUAGCCACAUUCUUGCAGCUACAGCAACCCAAUGGAAAGAACUACAAGGACAAGGAUCUGGGCAAGGUGGUGCUUUACACGACCAGCAUGGGCAUUAUACGGGAGACAUAUGGCAAGUGUGCGAAUGUUAAGCAAAUUUUGCGCACACUGCUCAUCAAGUUUGAGGAGCGCGACAUCUUCAUGAGUGUGGAGUAUCAGCAGGAGUUGCGAGAUCGAAUGCACGAUCAGACGAUACGUGUGCCGCAGCUGUUUGUCGAGGGCCAGCAUAUAGGCGACGCCGAUGCCGUUGAACGUCUGAACGAGAGCGGUGAACUGCGACAAUUACUCAAGCCCUAUAAGUCGAUAGCAACGACCUAUACCUGCCAGACGUGCGGGGGCUACAGACUGCUGCCAUGCCCCUCGUGCAACGGAUCGAAGAAGUCGGUGCAUCGAAAUCACUUCACAGCCGAGUUUGUCGCUCUCAAGUGCAUGAAUUGUGAUGAGGUGGGAUUAGUGAAAUGCCAGAAUUGUUGAGCUCUACUGCUGUGCUGUGCUGUUUGUGGAGCCAUGGAGCCAUGGAGCU